AUGGAUGGACAAGAAAAACUCGUUGAAAGAUUGAAUGAGUAUGAGGAUGGACCAAGAGAUGAAGCACUUUUCAGAAAUGAAGGUAAGUCUGGCUGGUUAGGCUCGAGGAUAUAAUAUUGGUUUGCUUGGAUGUAAUCCAGAAAGAAUGAUUGCCCCAAACGUCUCUCGCAAUCUGCAGAUAUUGGGUAUACACAGACGAGUUAUGGACAGGAAGAGAUUUUCAAGGGGUUCAUGGGCCUGUUAGGUUUUAUGGCUGAUCAGAUGAUGUCACGGUAA